UGAUAUUUUGAAUUUAGUAGCGCACCGCAGCUCGUUACUGCAUCAAUAUAUUAUACCCAGUGCAAUAUACGACAGUGAUAUACUAAGUUAUCUGUAGUUUGAUGUUGUGUUUUAAUUUCAGAAGUUUAAUAAAAUAUCGGUAUUGUAUGAAAUUCAUGACUGGUGACAUAUUAUUUGUUGUUUGAUUAUUUAAUAUAUUGUUUACCGCUAUACAUUUGCAGUAUUUUCUGCAAUGAAGAUUAUAUGGAUUACCCCAUUAUUACUGAUCCAGAGUUACCGUACAAUUGGUUCACAUUUACAAGAAGAAUACAACCAAUAUGCGUUAUACCAGAAGAGACCUUUAAGUCCUCGACCAUUGGAUACAAUGGCAGAUUUAACCAAUGACCUUGGAAUAUGUGUUUUGCGGGUAAUAGCUGCCGGUGGUGCGACUGGAAAUAUUGCAUUUUCUCCUUUUGGUUUAAUGGCAGUAUCAGUUCUACUUUAUGAAGGAUCGAGUGGGUAUUCUGCAUUGCAAAUAAAAGAAUCCCUUAAUUUACCUUGGGAAAUCCUUGCUGUCAGAAUUGGAGUUCGGGAUUUAAAUCGUUACCUUAAAACAUAUUUCAAAAGUGAUGGAUUUUUAAAUGGCCUAACCAUGAGCAGAGAAGAAGUAUGUCUCAGGCCACAAUUCAAACGAGUACUCCGGCUGUACGGUUUUGACGACCCCAAUAGUUUUCUUUUCGAUUCGUGUCCUGACAGUGCUACAACAACGAUCCAACCACUACAGCCUAUGUCUGUUACUACACAUGGUACUGUAGUGACAGAAAUGACCCCAACUAGCCAAAUAAUUCAAGUUUCUACUAAUAUUACGAAUGGAUCGUCUAGUGACAUACCAACAGUGGCUACUGAACUUCCAGCCAAAGUAACUUACCUAGGUGAUGCUAGUUUCACUAUAUCUAAUAUCGAUACAAAUACCAAUCUACCGAUGAAUUCUCAAACAGUCACAAUGGUCGUUGACAUUGAAACACAACCUCACACAAUGCCAUUAGAAUUAUCAACUAAUCAAGCAGAAACAACACUUCUUAUCAACGAACAGGAACCAAAAUCAUCUAAUGAAAUAGAAGUGACCGAUAAAAAACCAAAUGAAUCCUUAACGACUGAGAAAAUUGUUGUAAGUACUAUACCGAUGACCUCUGACGAUCCCAUGACGGUGGCAGCUACAGUAACUCAAACGAACAUAAAUUACAAAAAUGGUGCAUUGAAUUCACCAAUCAAGAAUAUUAUUGAUGUAACAAAUAAUACUAAAUUGCAAACUAGUCCUACAGACAUUUUUACUACUACAUGGUCACAGCAUGAAAGUACAACCGAUGGUUCAUCCUACAUGACUACUGCGGACGUACUUACAAGUGUUAAUGAUGAAAUUGUUUCAUCGAGUAACUCUUAUGUUACUUAUGCUAAAGACAUUUCGGAUAUUACGAUAAUUGCAUCAACGGAAAUCCCAUUAAAAACUACUGACAAUAGCCAACUUAACGGACUGAACACCGCUAUGGAAGAUAAAUACCUCUUUCUCGAAAACACCGUGGAAGGCAUUAUGACCACAACUAAUGAAUUAGAAAUAAAUACAGACGAAAUAACCAAAAGUAUGGACGUCAGAGGUACAUCACAAAUGUUUUCUUCAACAAAACCAAUGUCUAACGACGAUGGUACAACUAUGGAGAUUGAAACGAAUACUGAUCAUAAAAAAAUAACUGAUCGAACAACGCCAUACACAAAUCCUGAAUUAAAUAUCAAUCAAGUAACAACAGUUAGUGAAAAUUUAAUAUCCUCAACAGAUGUUCCAUCGACGAACGUAAGUUCAACCAAUGCGACUGAAACCGAAAUCAUAAAAGAAGCAGAGUCCAAUCAACAUUAUCAAAUAGCUACUUUGGAAAAGAAGAGUGGGAGGUCUAUAGAGUCUAAUGAUAAUUUACCUACUUUUAAUGUCGAGUUCGUAGUACGAAAAGAAGAUAUACGAAAUAAUUGCAAUCAGACAAGAAAAAGGACCAUUAUCAAGCCGGAUAGGAUUUUGACGGAGUACCCAACAAAUUCAGGCGUUUCAAUUACUCUUAGAGGAUCAAAGAAGCGUAGACGAAGACAUUUGAAUCAGUAUCAAGGGUACAAUACAAAUCGCAAUCAAUGGUUCAAUGGUUACAAGACUUACGGGCCUCCACUUGGCUGGAUGGACAGGUCGUCCAAUCCAUUUGAGUCAAUUAAUUUGUUCAAUUCUGGCUAUCAACGUAUUCCAUUUUUUACGUAUACAGCUGUAUUACCUUUUGGAUUUAUUUUCGAGUUAAAGUCACAAGUUAUCGAGAUACCUUUAGAUGACCCAAAGUACACGUUGAUGAUACUUAUGCCGAACCAUCCGAAUGGUCUGUCCGAGCUGCUGCUGCUGCUGCCGUCCAUGUCUUUGCGCAACAUACACAAUUCUCUGAAACCGACAGCCGUUCACGCGACCGUGCCCACGUUCAAAUACACUGCCAAAGUGGAUUUGACUUCAGCUUUACAACAGGUAUAUAACUAUAUAAGGAAUUCUUACAAUAAAUUGAGGUACCUAUACGUUCAUUACUCGGACAAGCAGACCGUGCAAUUUAUGGUGUUGAGAGCGUUGUCUUCCUUAGUUCCUAAAUCGGCACAAGGUUCAAGGGCACAAUACCAGGCGUCAAAGACCCACCUCGAAGACAGCAGCUUAAUCAUCGUCGGCAUCCAUGACGUGUUCUACAGGUACAGGGCGGACCUUUCGUUCAUGUCUCCGGACGCUCGGCUGUUUGUCAGUUCGGUUCAGCAAGUGGUGUCCGUGACGGUGAAAAAGUACAACACGCCACCGGUUUAUGAAAUCCAACGCAAAUAUGUAGAACAAGAAUUUGUUGUGUCAAAACCAUUUAUAUAUUUCGUGAUGGACAUACAUACCAAAGUCAGUCUUAUAGCUGGAGUAAUUACCGAUCCAUUAGCAUCACCAAUUUGGGUUUGAUGUUAGAAUGUAUAUUGUGCAUCUUGCAUUAAUGUCUUUUCAUAAAUUAAGGUUAAUAAACGAGAGCAUUGUCUUAGUACUGAUAUGUAAAAAUAAAACAUGUAAAAACUAGUUGUCAAAUAACAUUUGGUAUUUAAUAAUGUCAGAACAACAUGAACAUUACAAAAUAACAUUUAUUUAUUUGCCUUUCUUGGCCUUGAUCUUCCUGUGGUAAAAUUCCAAUUCUUUGCCUUCUAGGAUGUAACCAUCAGCACGUCCGCAUUGACCAGGUCUGCUUCCCAAGCAUGCUA